AUGUCUGGUCGUGGUAAAACUGGAGAGAAAGGGCAUGCUAAGGCCACAGCUCACUCUUUCAGAGCCAGUGUCCAGUUCCAUGUCGGCCGUAUCCACCAGCUGCUGCAUAAGGGUCACUAUGCCGAACGUGUCAGAGCCGGAGCCCCCGUCUACCUGGCUGCCGACCUCAAGUACAUGACGGCUGAGAUCUUCCAGCUGGCUAGCAAUGCGGCCUGGGGCCGGGACAGCAAGGAGACCCGCUUGCCAUCCACAAUGAAUGAGGAGCCCAACAAGAUACUGGAAGGGGUCACCAUAGUCCAGGGUGGGGCCCUGCCAGCAUCCAAGCUGUGCUGCUACCCAAGAAAACUGGGCACUCCAGCAAAGUUUAUGCCUGAAGGGGACCCUUUCAUUAGUCUUUCUUCAUAA